AUGUCCUACUCACCGCCUAGCUCCGCCCAGCCCUUCACCCUCUCCAUCUCCGACCAAGACCUCUCCGAAUGGCGCCAACUCCUCCAGCUCAGCAAGCUCGGCCCACAAACCUACGAAAACACCCAAACAGAGCGCAACCUCGGCGUGACUUACAAAUGGCUCUCCACCGCCAAAGACUACUGGCUCAACGAGUACGAUUGGCGCGCGCAGGAAAAACACAUCAAUUCCUUUCCCAACUACAAGAUGCAGAUCGAAGACAUCGAUGUGCACUUUGUCGCGCUGUUUUCGGAGAAGAAGGAUGCGGUGCCCAUUGUUUGCAUGCAUGGGUGGCCGGGCAGUUUCAUUGAGUUUCUGCCCAUGUGUGGGUUGAUUAGAGAGAAGUGGAGUAAGAAGGACCUGCCGUACCAUAUUAUCGUCCCGUCACUGCCAGGAUAUACCCUCAGUUCAAGUGGUCCGCUGGAUAAAGACUGGUCGAUGCAGGAUACUGCCCGGAUCAUCAACCAGCUCAUGAUCAACCUCGGCUUCAGCAGGUACGUUGCUCAGGGAGGGGACGUUGGCAGCAUUGUCGGAACCAUACUGGGCGCCAAGUAUGAUGAGUGCGUUGCAGUGCAUUUGAAUAUGUUCAGCACGCGCGAUUUUCCGGAAAUGUCCACACUCAGCGAGCUAGAGAAGGGUUCCGUAGAGCGUGGCGUGAAGUGGCGAGAGACGGGCACGGCGUAUGCGCUGGAACAUGGCACGAGGCCUAGCACUAUUGGACAUGUCUUGUCCUCAAGCCCGCUUGCCCUUCUAGCAUGGAUCGGCGAAAAGUUCCUCGAAUGGAGCGACGAAGACCCGGCCCUCGACACCAUCCUCACCAACAUCUCGCUCUACUGGUUCACGGGCGGCUUCCCGCGCUCCAUCUACCCCUACCGCGCAAUCAUGGUGGGCCCGCGCGCUCCCCCGCCCUACAUUCCAAAACCCACUGGCUUCUCAUUCUUCCCGUACGAGCUGAUUCCCGGCAUCAAGAGCGUCAUCGAGAAGCAGUGCGAUUUGGUGCAUUACAAGCAACAUGAAAGGGGCGGGCAUUUCGCGGCGCUGGAGAAGCCGAAGGAGCUGUGGGGAGAUGUGGAGGAGUUUGUAGGGAAGGUGUGGAAGGUAUGA